AUGGUGAUGUUUCUGGGCAACCACAGCUCUGGCAAGUCGACCCUUAUCAACUAUCUAUCUGGCUGCGAGAUCCAGGAGACUGGCGUCGCGCCCACAGACGACGGCUUCACGGUGAUCAAGCGCGGAACGUACGACAUGGACGCUGAUGGGCCCAGCGUGGUGAGCAACCCCAAGUACCAGUACCAAUCGCUACAGCAGUUUGGCAUUUCCUUUGUGACGCACUUCAAGAUGAAGACGCGCGCAAUGCCGGCGACGUCGCAGAUUCCGAUGGACAUGGUGCUCGUCGACACGCCCGGCAUGAUCGACACACCCGUGCACGCAUCCUCGGCUGAGCAGGCGGCGAGCGGUGACCAUACCCGCGGCUACGACUUCCUCGCCGUGACACGGUGGUUUGCGCAGCAAAGUGACGUCAUUCUUCUCAUGUUUGACCCGGCGAACCCGGGCACCACCGGCGAGACGCUCGACGUGCUCACCAAGUCGCUCACCGGUUACGAGCACAAGUUUUUCUUGGUGCUGAAUAAGGUAGAUGUCUUUGAGAAGGUGACCGAUUUUGCGCGGGCGUACGGAACGCUGUGCUGGAACCUCAGCAAGGUCAUGAAGAUGAAGGAUAUUCCGCGCGUGUACACCACCUCAACACCGCUGAAGAAACUGAACGAGGCGUCUGGUAAGUCGCCCACCGCGACGACGCCCGCCACCAGCACCGUACCAGCGGCGGAGCUGUCACGCCAACGGAACGAGAUUCUCAACGAGAUACGCGCUGCUCCGAUGCGGCGCAUGGACAACCUCAUCACUGAGACGGAGGAGAGCGCGCGCAAUCUCCUCCUUGCCUGCAGGGUGUCUAAAGUGCUGCGGCAGGAUUACCGUCAGCGCGAGGUCCUCCUCUACUGUGCCCUCGGUGCGGCUUGCCUAAUGGGACCCGCAACAGCCGUGGCCCUCUCUUCCAUCACCAUUACCGGUACGGUGCUCGUUGCGCUCGUGUCCAUUGCCGUCGGGAGCGGUGGCCUCGCGGCGGCGCGGAUGCACCUGCGCGAGUUUGACCACCGUUUGUUGCAGUCGUGCGACAACGCGCUUGGCCGCCUCUUCACAACAAAGACACGCACAAAGGACGUGGAGGUGCGCUGGCAGCGCACCGUGCGACCCGAGCUACUCCGCAUCGCUGCCGCGUCGCAGGAGAAAGGCACCAGUGGCAUCAUGGCGCUACCGUCGUGCUCGGCGCGGGCGUGUCGCGGGAUGCAAUACGUCAUUGACCAUGAGGUUCCAGCGCUGCGCUGCAAGGUGAGCGAGUACAAGGAGGACUUCUUCCAAAGGCGGUGUGCCGCAGAGAAUCACAAGUGA